AUGGUGUUGAAUGAUAAUACUAGAUUUUCGAAGUCAGGGGGAAUUCGAAAUGAUACUAUACAGACUUAUAAUAAUGAUUCCGAUUCAGAUGAAAAGUUAACAGUGUUACCAAAGUUAAGUAACUUUGGAUCCGCAUUAAUAUCAGAAAAGAAUGAGAAUAUAACAAGAAAUUCAUUAACCAACUCUAGCAUAUCUAUGAGUAGUAACUAUAAUCAAAUUAAUACUCUUACGAAGAAUAAUGAAAUUGGAACUAUAAAUUCUAAUUUUAAUAACGGUCAGAUAGCGUCACCGAAAUUCAAAGGAAUUAAAAAUCUUAUAGAUCAAGAAAUGACUGUUAAACAUAAUGAGAGAAGAAAAGGAAGAAGAAUCUUUAGGAAAAUAGAAUUAAAUUCCUUGGGUAAGGCCAAGAGAACAAAUUUAGAUUACACAAUAGCACCAUCCCAUAUGACAGAAGUUAAUUAUGAUCAAUAUCAAGAGAACGACCACAAAACAUUCGAAAGUAUGAAUGACAUGGAAAAUGACAUACCGAAAUAUAAGACAACAACUGAUAGUAUACUAAGUAAUAAUAAAUCAACAGAUAAUUUAGCAGGUAAAAACUCAAAAAAUCAUGUCACUACUCCAUCAUCCUCUUUUGGUUCUACGUUAUAUUCAUCAACUACUAAUCCCUUCACAGAUUCCAAUACAUAUAAUCAUUCAAAUACAAGCCUACCAAAUACAAUGAUAGAUUAUAAUUUGAUUGAAAUAGGAGACUUGAAUCCUUUCCAGGUUUUAAAAAAAUACAAUUUACCAUCCACUGAGUUAGCAACUAUCUCAAAAUUAUAUUUUGAAAAACAAAAAGAAGAGAAUAGAAAAAAUAUAAUGAAAAAAAGAUCUGUUUCGAAGGAGGGUUUCAUGACAUCAAUUUCAUCCAAUUCAGUAUCAUCUAAGAUUUCUCGUCAAAGUUCAUUCCAUACAACAACUAAUAAUCGUCAUAGUUCAAUGGUAUCCAAACAAGAUACUAAUGCCAUUUUAAUGAAUACAACUUCUACUCGUUCAGAUGAAAAAGUCAUGAAACCACUUAAUGAAUAUGAACCUGACAGAAAGGUUUUGGCAUCAAUAGACAUAAAUAAAAAUAUUAAUGUCAAUGCCAUUGAGAAAAAAAGACCUGUUGAACAUCAAUAUUCUUAUGAAAAAUCCAAAAUACAUAUCUCUGAAUCAAGAGAAUCCCAAAGUUCAACUGUUGAAAAACCUCACACUUUUCAGGAUAACAAAGAAGGACAAAAAAUAGUUAAAAAGGUUGAAAUUGUAGAGCCUCCAACAUCAAUGACGAAUAGGAAAUCUUCUAAGAGUAUUGUUUCAGUUAAUGACAUAGAAUAUGAAAGAAUUGAACUACUCGGAAGGGGUGGUUCAUCUAAGGUAUACAAGGUUAAGAAUACAAACAACAAUAGAGUAUAUGCAUUAAAGAGGGUUGUAUUUGAUGAAUUCGAUGAUACUAGUGUUGAUGCAUUCAAAGGGGAAAUUGAGUUAUUAAAAAAGCUUGAAAAUGAAAAAAGAGUAGUUAAAUUGAUUCAAUAUCAAAUGGAUAAUGGUGUAUUAUAUUUGGUAAUGGAAUGUGGUGAUCAUGAUUUAUCCCAAAUUCUUAACCAGAGAGCUAAUAUGCCAUUAGAUGUUGAUUUUAUUCGUUAUUACUCUCGAGAAAUGUUAAAAUGUGUCAAAGUGGUUCACGAUGCAGGCAUCGUCCACUCUGAUCUUAAACCAGCUAAUUUUGUUUUAGUGAAAGGUAUACUAAAAAUUAUUGAUUUUGGUAUUGCCAACGCUGUACCUGACCAUACCGUGAACAUUUAUCGUGAUACACAGAUUGGGACACCAAAUUACAUGGCACCUGAAGCGUUAGUGGCUUUGAACGAAGUUAGUAACGUUGAAAAAAAGAAUAGAUGGAGAGUAGGGAAACCAUCAGAUAUUUGGUCAUGUGGAUGUAUCAUGUACCAAAUGUUUUAUGGUAGGCCACCAUACGGUGCAUUUCAGAAUCAAAACAGAUUAUUAGCCAUAAUGAAUCCUGAAGUUAAAAUAGUAUUUUCAGAAAAAACUUCUAAGAAUGAAAGGGUACCAAAGUCUGCUCUUGAUACGAUGAAGGCAUGCUUGAUAAGGAGCCCAGAGAAAAGGUGGACUGCAGAUGAGAUCUUAGAUGCAUCUUUCCUGAACCCUGUUUUAGUCACUCCUUAUAUAGUACGUGAUUUAAUCCGAAAUGCCGUAUAUUAUGGUUCUGAUCAAGGACAAGUAUCGGAAGAUAAAAUAACGGAACUCGCAGAUGAUGUUCUUAAUCGAUUAGCGGACUUUAGAUUGUAA